AUAGCAGCACGCCGCAUGCACGAUCCGCCCGUACCUUCCCUCACACAGCAUGAGACCCAUGGCAAGGUCGUCCUCCUCCCACUUGGCAAGAAGAGGGAGGAACCUGUGUUCCUCCAGGACCUACCCAAAGGUCAGUAAACAGCCUUUGUAAUUAGAACCAACUCUGACCUCGCCACGUAGGGAUUCGCAACCGCAUCUACGAGCUGGUUCUGGAAGAUGAGGGCGUGAUCGAGGUCCGCGUCAAACAUGACCCCGAUGGCAGCUUACGCGCAUGCACUGGAAAGCCCAGCUUUGCGAGUCGUAUGGCGUUGGCCCAGGCUAUCCAAGAGAUUCGUGCCGAAUUCCGGUAUUGUCUUCUUUCUUCAGCUUUUCCACCAUUCUCUACUUGAUCUAACAAUUUGUAGCCAACUUUGCAUGAAGACGAUCUCUCCUGUUGUGUCGUUCUUUGAGUACACACAAUUCCUUCAUCACUUCUUGUUCACUGGAAUACCGUUUUCAGUCAUUCGUAUCUGCAUGCCGCUAGGCAAAUGGCCUUCGGAAGAAGUUGACCUUCGCCCACUCAUUGUGGCUCGCACCGUGGACACCAAUGACGAUCCAAUGAAUUCGAUCAUCGAGCUGCAAGGCGGGUAUCUCGAACGCCUCUUCAGCGAUUCGGCAGUUUGGAAGAAGGUUUUGUCCUCCGGUCAGAUUCGUGCAAUCUCCUUUCGUUCAGAACGUUGGAAGGCCUACUUGACCUUCACCAUCAGCAAUCACCUUGGGGAUGAGUGGCAUCAGUAUGGACAUGGGGCUGUCGCACAUGAGUGCCCAUAGAUGGACAUUCUGUCCAACGACCUCCCCAGCGUCUAUUCGUGCUUCAAGUGUGAGGCUUGGGGCGAUGAUGUUGAGGUGAGGUUUCCAGUGCCGGUUUGGAAGAAGAUAAUGAUUGCACGACGGAGGCGGAAACUGGGACGACCACGAGCACUACAGCUCCUUGUAGUUCUUGUUG